AUGUUUCUACCUAUUUUCUUUCUUUUUUUUCAUCCCCUUCCUCCACUGAAUUUUUUUCCUUCUUCACCUCCCCACCUUCCUUAUUUCUCCCUUUCUGUAGAUAGCUACGUCCACAAGUCUGCUCAUAUCUAUCUAUCUAUCUAUCUAUCUAUCUAUCUAUCUAUCUUUCUAAAUAUACAUAGGCCAGCCUAUUCAUCUAUCUGUGACAGUACAUUCAUGCUAUCGCUUUCUCUCUCUCUCUGGCUAUCACUCGCUCUGUCUGCUAACCCCCAUCUCUCUCCAUUUAUCUAUGAGAAUAUUUUAUUAUCUAUCUAUCUAUCUAUCUAUCUAUCUAUCUAUCUAUCUAUCUAUCUAUCUCAUUCACUCUCUUUAAAUCUACAUGCAUCAGUCAAAUCCUCUAUAUCUCAAUCUGUUCUCCUAUAUCUAUCUAUCUAUCUAUCUAUCUAUCUAUCUAUCUAUCUAUCUAUCUAUCUAUCUCACCAAUUUAUGCGGACAAUGAUAAACAGCAGUUAUUUGAAAAGUAAAUGGUAUCUAUCUAUCUAUCUAUCUAUCUAUCUAUCUAUCUAUCUAUGCCAGUUAUUCUUUCUUUCUUCAUUUCUAUGUAUGUAUGUAUAUAUCUAUCUAUGCUAA